GUUUGGAUGAGUUCUGCUUGGGAAAUAGGAAGCCGGUGAGCGAGCGAGGCGGAAACAGCUGAUCCGAGCCUCCAUCCAGAGACUGGUCUAGAAGUCAGCAUGCCUCAAGAAGAGGCAGAUGGUGCUGCUGCAGGAGAUCUAGAACCAGGCAGGAAAAAGACCAAAGUUGUUCAGAAGGCGACCAAUGUCACCUACCAGACGGGCCAUGUCUCGCGCAACCACCGAGGUCAGGUCAUGGGCGAGCGCGGAGAGUUCCGCGGCUGCACCAUCUGGCUGACCGGGCUGUCGGGGGCCGGAAAGACAACCAUCUCGUUCGCGCUGGAGGCGUUCCUGGUGUCGCACGGCAUCCCAGCCUACGGUCUCGACGGAGACAACAUUCGGCAUGGACUCAACAAGAACCUGGGCUUCUCCGCCGAGGACAGGGAAGAGAACAUCCGCCGCGUAGCCGAGGUGGCAAAGCUGUUCGCAGAUAGCGGGGUGGUGGCCCUCUGCAGCUUCGUCUCGCCGUACGCCAAGGACCGUGACGUGGCGCGGAAGCUGCACGCCGACUCGAAUCUGCCGUUCUACGAGUGUUUCGUCGACACGCCGCUGGCAGUGUGCGAGACGAGGGACGUCAAGGGCCUCUACAACAAGGCGCGCCAGGGGCUGAUCAAAGGUUUCACCGGAAUUGAUGCGCCCUACGAACGCCCUUCGAAGCCCGAUAUUACCCUGUACACGGACAAGUGCAGCGUUCAGGACUGCGUGGACCAGAUGGUGGAACUGCUCACCUCGCAUGGUAUCGUGCCGCGCUCGGCGAGCCAGGCGAUCGGCGAGCUCUUCGUGCCGGCGGAGGAGCUGGCGGCGGCGCGCGAGGAGGCGGCCGCCCUGCCCGCCGUCGACAUCUCCACAGUGGACCUGCAGUGGGUGCAGGUGCUGGGGGAGGGCUGGGCACCCCCGCUCACCGGCUUCAUGAGGGAGCGUGAGUUCCUGCAGUGUCAACACUUCGGCAGCAUGCUGGACGACGGCGUGACGAACCAGUCGGUGCCGAUCGUGCUGCCCGUGCAGACGGCCGAUAAGGAGCGGCUGGCCGCGCUGCCCGCCUUCUGCCUCAGGUACGACGGUCGUCCGGUGGCCAUCGUGAGGAAGCCCGAGUUCUUCGAGCACAGGAAGGAGGAGCGCUGCGGCAGACAGUGGGGCACCACCAACCCCGGCCACCCCUAUGUCAAGAUGGUGAUGGAGUCGGGCGACUGGCUGUGUGGCGGCGACCUGGAGGUUCUGGAGCGUAUUCGCUGGAACGACGGACUGGACCAGUACCGCCUGACGCCCAUCGAGCUGCGGGCAAGGUUCCGUGAGCUCGAGGCCGACGCCGUGUUCGCCUUCCAGCUGAGGAAUCCCAUCCACAACGGUCACGCGCUGCUCAUGCAGGACACCAAGCGUCGCCUGUUGGAGCGGGGGUACAAGAAGCCCGUGCUGCUGCUGCAUCCGCUCGGCGGCUGGACCAAGGAGGACGACGUCCCGCUGGCCACCCGGAUCGAGCAGCACCAGGCGAUCCUGGAGGAGGGCGUGCUGGACCCGCAGUCCACGGUGCUGGCCAUCUUCCCGUCGCCCAUGCUGUACGCCGGGCCGACCGAGGUGCAGUGGCACGCCAAGGCGCGCCUCUGCACCGGCGCCAGCUUCUACAUCGUGGGGCGCGACCCGGCCGGCAUGAAACACCCCGACAGCGGCGAAGACCUGUACGAGCCCACACACGGCAGCAAG